GCGAGCUGGCUCGGCUCUGUUGGUGGUUGUCCGUCCACAUCUGCAGCAAGAGCUGUCCGGAAUUGCAACAGAAAAGGUUUGCGAAUUUUCAGAUAAAAAACUUUUGCUUCGGAAAAGUUGCGAUCGCAUAAAUUAGUGUCGCCGGUCGAUAUUUGUGAUUAGUGAACGUUUGUGUUCUGCCCAGUAAACAGGAUUGCAGGAACAAGCAGGAAGCCCAACGAUGGAGAACCUAACCAUACAGGAACUGUACACCUCGGAGGCCCGUGGUAGUGACGAAACCGGCAAUGGCACCGCCGAGAAGCCCUUCAAGACGAUCCUCCAGGCGAUGCGCCACGCCGGCAAGGAACCGUUCCCCACCAUCUACGUGGACGCCAAGGGCGAAAAGCCGGAAUCGCCGUUCGAGGUGGCGGCCAAGUCGCAGCUGAAGAAAAUCCAGAAAUGGUGGGUCCGCGAGGCUCAAAAGUCCACCGAGAAGCAGAAGCGCGAAGAGGAGGACGCCAAGAAGCGCGAGCAAAAUCUGGAGGAAGCGAAAAAGAUCGUCAUCAAGGAGGAUCCAUCCUGGAAGCCGGCCAAAAGGAUCAAGAUCCACAAGGGUGGCGAGAACCGUAACAUUCGGGUGAAAAUCUACGGAUGGGUGCACAGGUUGAGACGGCAAGGAAAGGGUUUGAUGUUUAUCACGCUGCGCGAUGGAACCGGUUUCUUGCAGUGCGUGAUGAAUGAUCUGAUGUGUCAGACGUAUAAUGCUUUGGUUCUGUCAACGGAAUCGGCCGUGCAGCUGUUUGGAACUCUGAAGGAAGUUCCGGAGGGAAAAACUGCCCCUGGCGGACAUGAGCUCCAUGUGGAUUACUGGGAGUUGAUCGGUCUGGCGCCGCCUGGUGGUGCCGAUAAGAUUUUGAACGAGGAAGCCCUUCCGGAUGUCCAGCUGGACAACCGCCAUAUUAUGAUCCGUGGCGAGAACACAUCCAAGAUUCUUAAAAUGCGCGACGUAAUUAUGGACGCCUUCCGGGCGCAUUACCACGACCGUGGCUACACGGAGGUAACGCCACCUACGCUGGUGCAAACGCAGGUCGAGGGAGGUUCCACGCUGUUCAAGCUCAACUACUUCGGGGAGGAAGCAUACUUAACCCAGAGUUCCCAGCUAUACCUGGAAACUUGCCUACCGGCUCUGGGUGAUGUUUACUGCAUUGCUCAAAGUUAUCGUGCUGAGCAGAGUCGCACGCGUCGUCAUUUGGCCGAGUACAGCCACGUUGAGGCUGAAUGCCCCUUCAUUACCUUCGAUGAACUGUUGGACCGGCUGGAAGAUUUGGUGGUCGAUGUUGUCGAUCGGGUACUCAAGUCUCCGUGGGGUUACAUAGUUAAGGAACUCAACCCGGAUUUCGCUCCGCCGAAACGACCAUUCCGUCGUAUGAACUACGCCGAUGCCAUUGUCUGGUUGAAGGAGAACAACGUGACCAAGGAGGAUGGAACCUUCUAUGAAUUCGGAGAGGACAUUCCGGAAGCACCGGAGCGAAAAAUGACCGACACCAUCAACGAACCGAUCAUGCUGUGUCGCUUCCCGGCCGAAAUCAAGUCGUUCUACAUGGCCAAGUGUCCGGAGGACAAACGGCUGACCGAGAGUGUAGAUGUUCUGCUGCCGAAUGUGGGCGAAAUUGUGGGAGGAUCGAUGAGGUCCUGGGACCACGAGGAACUGAUGGAGGGCUACAAGCGCGAAGGAAUUGACCCCGAGGCUUACUACUGGUAUAUCGAUCAGCGCAUCUAUGGAUCGCAGCCCCACGGAGGAUACGGAUUGGGCCUGGAGCGUCUCAUGUGCUGGCUGUUGAACCGAUACCACAUCCGAGAGGUAUGUCUUUAUCCACGUUUCUUGGGCAGAUGUAAACCUUAAAUAUCCGUACGUAAACGACGAAAAUUUACUUCUUUAUCAAACAACUAUAAUCCCUUUCAAUUUCAAACAAGAUUAGAAAUAUUGCUUUAAAUAAACUGGCACUAUGCUUAUUUCUUGCGAUUA